AGUAGAUCCAAGCCUGUUCCUCAGUGAGUGAGUACAUGAACAAGAGCAAAUGUAUUCGGAAUUUGCCAGCAUCUUGCACUUGAUAUUUCUCAUUAACAUUGAAGGUUCUUUAGGUCAGGCGCACUGGACAGUGAGAUGUGAUGAAGGAAGCAUCUGUGCUUCAAGAGGGUCAAAGGUGUUUCUCAAUUGCUCUUACUCAUUAGCCAACAUCCAGACAGUGGUGUGGUUCAGCCACAAACAGAAAGCUAAAUGGAGAAGUGAAGAACUUCCAGAAGAUCUGGCUUUAGACUCAGACUACGCUGGUCGUGUGGAUUAUGUAGAGACCAAAAGCUCCACGUGUCUGAUAAUAAGAGAUGUAAGAGAGGAGGACUCUGGAGAAUAUCGCCUCCUACUCUUUACUACAACUGGCGAGAAAUAUAUCAGCUGGACAGCAGUAAACCUGACAGUUACAGACAUUCAGGUGAGGACGCAUGGUAGCAGUGUGGCGCAGCGAGAGCAGGGCGUAAACCUCACCUGCAGCACCUCAUGCAAACUGAACAUAUUCUGGUGCACCUGGUAUAAGAACGGACAACGUGUACAACUCACAUUAUACCAGAAUGCUGAGCCUCUGGUGUUAUCCAGCACUGACGGAGGAAGCUACUUCUGCUCGAUUAAAGUCCACGGCAAUACAGUCUAUUCCUCUGCUGUGUGUGUUUUGGGUAAGAACUGUUUUAGUGUGACCUAUGCAGACAGACGAGUCUGUGCUUUGGAGGGCUCAUCAGUGAACAUCCCAUGCACCUACUCAUAUCCCAGUGACCAAGCAGUCAUUGAAGCAUACUGGUCUUACAAUCAUAGUGACAUGAGACAGUCCGAGCAGGGACUCGCGGGACGUGUGGAGUAUGCUGGGGACAAGAACAAGAACUGUGCUCUAAGACUGACUGGCCUAAGACAGAGUGAUUCUGGAAAUUAUCACUUCCUUUUCAUGACUAAUACUACGCCAAGUGUCUUCAUUGGUUCACCAGGAGUUCAGCUGACUGUCACAAGUAUGGACGUUACAGUUGGUUCUACCACAGUAUCAGGGCAAACAGUAAUACUAAGCUGUAAAACCACCUGUAGGCUCAAUGAUGAUACCACUUACAUCUGGUACAAGAACGGACAACCCAUGACUAACAAAUUCACCAAAUACAACAAGCUUUAUCUGGAACUGCCCAACUACAAGAAGACAGACAACUAUACAUGUGUUGUGAGAGGUGCAACACUAUCAGUAGGUGCUGUCUGGGAUCAUUCUGCUAUUUGGGGAACAGUAGGAGUGACGGCUCUGCUUCCCUUGCUUCUUACUGCUGUUCUGUACAUCAGGAGGAAGAGGAGACCUGAGGGUCAUGCGUGCAGUCAGAGCCAUCCUGAAGAUGACACUUACACAGCCCUCAACACUGAGACCACUUCAUCGGACUACUACACUCUGAAGCCCGGGACAGCUCCAACCAGUAACUUACACACCACUGCCAAGCCUGCAGUCAUGUCGGCCAAUGAUACUGGUGUGUACACAGCACUGCAGAGAAGAGCUCCAGAAGCAGAGUAUGAGACCUUGAAGAGAAAACAGCCAGCAGAGACCUGAACUACACCAGGGAGAUAAUAGAGUAGUUGGGAAGAAUUCUCCGUGAUGCACCUUUGUGCCUUGCUCCAGUGAGAACUGUAAGAGGGUCUAUUUUUGCCAGUAGUAUCAAGGCUGAAUGUUUCUAUGACUGUAUAUGUGUUUGGGUCAGCUGAUAGCUGAUACUGACCUUCAGCAGGGUCUUGUGUUGUUGUACUCUGCUGUUGUGCGCUGUUUUGUUUUGGUAGAUAUUUUUCCAUCGUAAGGAGGAAAAAAAGACAAAUGAUAAUAUCCACCAUAAAACUGUGUCAUUUUUUUAUAAUUAUGAUUUUUGUUUUACCUUUUGACUGUUGUCUUUUUGUACCGAGUCUUCUGAUUAGAACCUCAAAAUGUCUAAAUCUUUCCUUGCAAUCUAGUUUGUUUUGGUCAUUUUUAUCAUUUCUAACUGUAAUAUAUAGCAGGGAUGUGGAUUCUAAUAUUGAUGGCAGCAAACGGUGACAUUUAGACAUUCUAGCUGGGCUAUAAAUGUCCAAACUGGGUCAAAAACAAUUUUAAAACAUUUCUACAAUGGUACUAGUAAGUAAGUAAAUGAGUACAUUUUAUUUAUAAAGCACAUUUAA